AGAAAACGCGGUUCGUGUUUCCGGGUUUCAGAAUAAAACGCCUCCAGUAAGAACAAAAAGUUUGUCUGCGGUGAAGUUUGAGGAGUUUUCAGAGUCUCAGGUGUGUCAAACAACUUCCGGCCGCUGCAGCUGAUCCUUCAGCACGUGAACCCGGUCCACCUUUAGCAGGAUGUCGUCGACGUCUCAGAAACACCGCGACUUUGUCGGGGAGCCGAUGGGAGACAAAUCUGUGUCGGCUCUGUCGGGGAUCGGAGAGAUUCUGGGGAAGAAGCUGGAGCAGCAGGGCUUUGACAAGGCGUACGUGGUUCUGGGUCAGUUCUUGCUGUUGAAGAAAGACACUGAGAUGUUCACCGAGUGGCUGAAAGACGCCAGCGGAGCGAACUCUCGUCAGGCCGGAUCCUGCGCUCAGUGUUUGAAGGAGUGGUGUGACGCCUUCCUCUGAGACUCCGCCUCCUUAGCUGAGACCCCGCCUCUUCUUGUUCUCGCUCACGUCCUGUUCCUGAAGCUACAGUCAGAGCUAAUAACUGUAAGCUUUAAAGUGCCUCUGCUGCUGCGUUCAAUGUUGUCAGGUCAAUCUGUCAGCCUGCUUCCUGUCAGGUCACUGUGAUGUCACACUGUGAUGUCACAGUGACCUGACAGGUGUGUGUUUACCUGUUUUUAUCAGCUUGUUUCUGUGGGGAAAGUUUACAUGAAAUAAAGCUUUGUGUUCACUGA